CAAUGGAAUGAUAGUCCACGUGCGUGCAUCAUGGAUCCGGAGACUAUGAAUUUAGGAUGAACCAUUAAACAUAUUUGGAGAUAACACGUAGAUUUAUGAUUAACAACUGUAAUUAUUACUAUGUCGAAAUUAUUUCCUGAAAGAACGACCAUCUUCAAUGUAUCACCAUUAUGUAUAAUUCAUGAGACAAGUUCACCCAAAGAUACUAAAUAAAUUGCUAUAAGAGGAAGAGCGUAUACCAUUUGGAAAUCGUUUAUUUUUAUAUCAUAAAAACAAAUCAAGGCGUUAAUGAGAAGUAUCGUCAAUAUUACGAUUCUCAUUGAAAACACUUGCUGGCUUGUAUUGAUUGGUUGAUAAAAUUAUAUAUGAUAUUUGAAUAUGUCUGUAAUACCAGUGGCACAAGCCAAUGAGAAAGGGCGUAUCGAUUCAACAGAACAUCUGCUCCGAGAGGUUCCUGUUGCAUUCGCAGAUCCAAACGAACGAAAUGUCAAGCUCACUAAAGCAGUACGGAUCUCCGAUGACAAAAAUGAAAAUGACAUGGAAUCACUCAACAACCACAAAAUCUCUGAUGAAUUGAAAAUAAGACAGCCUAUUAUUGAUGGAAAGAUUAAUAGAGCUUAUACAUCGCCAGAUAUUGAAUUGCAAAGCUAUAAUAUUAAUGAAGAUGUAAAUAGCAAUUGUAGUGAUAAAGGUGUGAUUGAACGGAGUCAGUCACAGAGCAUGUCGGCAGUUUCGAACUCACGCCUGCAAUCAGAUCGACUUUUGCAUUCGGAUGACGAGGAGAAAACAUAUACAACAGAAGAUGGCGUCAAAAUUGAGGACAAUAAAACAAAAGAAUCAGCUCUUUCAAGCAUUGGAGCGGACUACAUGCGUGUUAAUGGUGCCAUCGGAUCUUUUCGGCAACUCCAGAAACCUCAAUCUAUGCAGUCUUUGCCUACAUCCUCUAAAAUGAGCUACACGAACGAGGAUAGCGGAAUAGCACCUCUUGUCGUGGGCGGUGAAGGUACUAAGUAUGGCAUGGAUGACAAGCAAAACAAAGAAAAACAAAAACCCAAUGUUGGUUAUAGACUUGGAAAAAGGAAAACUUUGUAUGAAAAAAGACGGAAAAUUUCAGAUUAUUGUCUAGUGUUUGGGAUUUCAGGAAUUGUCUUAAUGAUUGUGGAAACGGAAUUAACAAUGGCAAAGGUUUAUGAUAAGGAAUCUCAUUAUUCCAUUGUGCUGAAGUCGAUCAUCUGUAUUUCCACAAUUAUCUUACUAGCAUUAAUUCUUGCCUACCACGCCCUUGAAAUUCAACUUUUUGCAGUAGACAAUUGUGUUGAAGACUGGAGAAUCGCCAUAUCAUGGAAACGAAUGCUUCAAUUAAUACUAGAAAUAAUCAUUUGUGCUGUUAAUCCCAUACCAGGUCCUUUUUAUUUUACUUGGAAGACUGAGAGUUACGACGGAGAGAGGUGGUUGAUUGCGGAGGUUCCUGUUGAUAUUUUAUUAUCCAUACCUAUGUUUUUGCGGUUGUACCUCAUUGCCCGAUCUAUGUUAUUACAUAGCAGACUCUUUACAGACGCUUCGUCUAGAAGUAUAGGUGCAUUAAAUCGAAUAAGUUUUGACACUAAAUUUGUGCUAAAAACUUUAAUGACAAUCUGUCCUGGAACUGUGAUGUUAGUGUUUAUGAUAUCUAUGUGGGUGAUUGCGAGUUGGUUACUACGUGCAUGUGAGGCAUAUCUAGACUCUAGGCACUCCAACAUUUUAAAUUCCAUGUGGAUGAUUGCCAUUACGUUUUUAUCAGUUGGGUAUGGUGACUUAGUUCCAAAUACAUAUUGUGGUCGUGGAAUCGCCAUAGCAACGGGAGUUAUGGGAGCUGGCAUCACUGCUAUACUCGUAGCAGUUCUUACACAGUGGGUUGAGAUGUCUCUAGCUGAACGUAAUGUUAUGAACUUUAUGCAUUCUAAAGAUAUAGAGAAAAACUUGAAAAAUUCAGCUGCCAACGUUUUACGAGAAACAUGGCUGAUAUACAAACAUACAAAACUAAUGAAGAAAAUAAAUACAAGCAGAGUUAGAUCGCAUCAAAGAAAAUUUCUGCAAGCGAUUCAUAAUCUGCGAGAUGUAAAAAUGGACCAACGAAAGUUAACAGAGCAACAGAAUACAGUAGCUGAUAUGGCAAAGAAGAUAGGCUUUGACGGAUUUUCCCAAAGACACAAAGUUUACAUUUCAACUUCUCAUGUUGAAUUUCGUCAGACACAGUCGCAUAUUCAAGCUAUGGUGGCUGACAUGCAGACAAAUGGCCUCUCUGUUGAAAAAAGAGUCGUGAAAAUAGAAGAUAAGCUUUUAGAACUACAGAAUCAGCUUGAUAUGCUACCAGCACUUAUUGCGGAUAAAGUAAUAACACGUCGACAAGAACUCAGACACGAACGAGAAAUGAGUUUACGUGAGAGAGAUUUACAACAAACUGAUCAAAGAAGGACUGAAUUUAAUCAAUUAAGAAGAACGUCACCACCACGAAGACGAAAGUCACCUCAACAUUCAGGAUCGUCAGUGCCGCCUUCAAAUAGUCUUGGCCAGUUGUAACACAAUAAAAAACAAUGGUAGAACUUAAAACCGAUAAUGCGCUAUCCCUAGGCUAGUAUUUACGACUUCAUGGACAGACCAUUGUAUUGCAUGUCCAUAUGCAUUAUCGUUUUCGAAUGAGAAACCCGAUCAAAAAUUAAUAGGAUGAUCGAUUCCUAAAUUCACCAAAGGUUCUAGUUUGACGUGGUGUGAUUCCUGUGUAUUAAUCGCCGCAUAACAAUACUUUAAGUUACUAACAAACCCUACUGUACUAAAUUAAAGUUGAAGGCAUUAAAGAAUUCGUUGGUCACGUGGUCGAAACCAGAAAGAGCCCAAACUAAGACCGGUUGUGGUUUCAAUGAAAUUUGCUUUAAUUGUAUGUCCGAAAUAUUAUGAUACUUUCAUAUUAUAGUGGAACAUGGUUGUGACAAUAUUUGCCGACGUACGAUAUUGUAAAACACUGGUUGGUGACUUGUGUAAUUUCUGUUAACAGUUCAAUCAAAUGGAUUGUAAAGAUUACUAUCCGCAUUAUUACUUAUAUAUAUUGAAUUGAUCAAAUCGAAUUUUCUGUUAUGUAUCUGGAUAAUUUUAAAGGGAUGGUAGCAAUGGAGAACAAUUUAAGUCACUAUUCAAUUAAAUAAUGUUUAAGAAUCAAUGCAAAAGGGUUUACUUUACACCUAAUUGAAAUACAAUACUAGUAAAAUGGGCCAUUAAAACACCAUAAUGACGUAAUUCCUGUUGUACAAUGUGUGAAUAUUGUAUCUCUUAGAUAUUAAAAGCUACAAAUCGAUUGUUGAAUAUACAAAAAUGACUAAUUCAUAUUUUAAUGAAACAAAUUUAAUGGAUAUUUACAUGAAUUAGUACUGAAACAUUUUAUUUAUAUAAGGAGUACAUGUAGAUAAAACUUGGAAAUACUUUGUCAGCAAUCUCAUAGUCAUAGAUUCAAAUUUUCAUUGUUUUUUAAGUAAACAAACUUAUAUUUAAGAAACUUCUCAUAUAUGGAAUAAUAUUUCAUAUAGUCUUCUAACUGUAUUGAUAUUAACCAGAAAUUUUACUAACUAAUUACGUCAUCACGGGAGGCCUAAGACGUGGUUUCUGUUUAGAUAUUGAAACACUUGUAAGUUUCGAAUAUAUGAUAACAGAAGCAAACUAUUAAGUCUACAAAGUCUUUCAGGGCUGUCAAUGAGGAAUUCAUUGUCGUUAUUUAAAGACAGUUUUCCCCAACAAAGCUGUUGCCAAAAUUAUGUACAUAAUAUGUCGAACUGGUAUGAGUAUAUUAUGCUCAAAUGUUGUAGAUAUUGUUGAAUUUCUGUUUGGGAUAUUGUUGUAUUUCACCUUUAUUUUGUUAUUCAGUUCUUUAAUCAUUGUGUGCACUUAUCACGACUAAAUACAAAUAACACUUAUUAAAUCAGCACAUAAUAUAAUAUUCUAAAUGUGGCAAUACUCAAACUGUGUAUUCAAAUUUAUGAAUGUUUACAUGCAUCUGUAGUGUGACAAUAUUUUUUGGACAGAUUACAAUUAUUGCAUUUGAUUAAAAAUAUACUCGUUAAUCAUUUGAACUUCGGUAUACUACUAUUGCCUAUUUUUAUUUAAACGAAUAUGAAUAGUCUGAACACAACAUUUUCAAAUCAUGUUUCAUCUUUUGUUGAAUUUUAAGACAUUUCUGCUUUGAUAAAUCCAGUACUGUUCAUUUUCUAACUAGGAAAACAUUAAGGUUUGUCUUGUUUUUAAACUAUCCAGUAGCCAUAAUUUACAUGUUAUAAAAGUAAAUGUUGUAUUGAAGAAAAGUGACUUCACAAAUCUAACUUCACUGCAAUCAAAAUGACUAAAACGUGGUGUUUUAAUCACUAGACAAACAUCUUCAAAAUCAUUUCAAAUUAUGAGUUAACUUAAGAUCAGAAUGGAAGUUUCAGUCUAAUAUUUAGUUAUUUAAAAAGUGUAAUACAAUAUGUACUCAAAAACUAGUUUGAAAUGUAAUUGCCGUCCUUUCAUUACUACAGUUAUCGUGAAAUGUCAAGCACAACUCUAUACAGAUCCUUUUUUUUUAAAUUUACAUUUUCUUUUUUU